CCCUCCCCUGCUCAUCUGGUCCUCCACUCCGUCUUGCAAUAUUCGCUUGCUUGCUGGUAUCAUGUUCCCUUCCUCCUACUCUUCCAUCUCUGGGAGCUUGCUCGGCCGGAGUCUCGAAUGCUCAAAUUGACCAAGCAGUGAUCGUCCACGGUGCAAGCUCUGGCCUCCUCGCCUGCCAGCUGGCCCCGCUUGCUUGGUCGCUGCAAGCCCGUGCCCUGAGCCCCAGACGUGAUGAUUGGGUCGUUGAUUGAUAUUGCCAGCCGUCGUGCGGAGGCCACGUUGCCAUUUGCUGCCGCGCCUCAUGGGCGGAGGGGCGGUCGAGCCGUAGCGUUGUAUGCGACGACGACGAGCUGAAGAUGAUGACGAGUAUAGCUGAAGGUGAUGAUAGCGAUGAUGAAGCUACUGAUGCUGAUAUGUGUGUGAUGCGGAUGUUGGCCUGCUAGACGACAAGGCCAUAGAUGCGCAGUCGUCCCCCUUGCGCGAGGCAAGUCGUAUCCACUUGCGCCCGACGUUGGGGAACUGGCGCCAACACCGCAGAGGAUAGAUGGAGCGGCGAUGAGGAGAUGAAGGUCGUUGAGGAGAUAGAGAAGAAGAAGAGGAGGAGAGGCAAGGUGGACGCCUGGCCAGCCGGGCGUAAGGCCAGAGUGGAUGCCAAGUUGAGCGCAGCUCAGCUCAACUCGAGGUUGGGAGGAUGUGGGUUGACGACGCGACUGAGCACGAGUUAGCCGAGGGUGCCUCGACCAGCCGCGUCGCCCUGCAGGGUGUGUGUUCGGUGCUGCUCUCUUUUGUGGUAACGAGAAGGUGGAUGGUGGGCUGGACGCCUGGGAAGGGAAGCGAGAUUGCUUUUGGUGG